AUGGUUUCCAUCACAGCUGAAAAUGUUACGCAGCUGUACAACAUGACUACCCAGGAGCUCACAGUCAGUCCAGAAUAUUCCCACAAUAAUUCAGGAGUGCAUCAGAUAGAUCAAUAUGAAUGUGUUAGUGCAGAUGUGUGGAAAUGGCUACAGGAUUUUCAGCCUGGAUUUCUCUGGUUUAUAUUUAUUCUGGGAUCAAUAGAAAAUUCCUUUGUGCUCACCGUCCUGUGUUUCCACAAGAGUAGCUGCACAGUGGCUGAAAUUUACCUAGCAAACAUGGCAUUUGCUGACCUAAUGCUGGUCUGUACUUUACCUUUCUGGGCCAUUAAUAUUUCUAAUAAUUUUCAUUGGCCUUUUGGCCAGUUUUUCUGUAAAGCCAUCAACAUUAUGAGUUACAUGAACUUAUAUUCUAGCAUUUAUUUCCUGACACUAGUGAGCAUUGACCGCUACCUGGCCCUGGUGAAAACCAUGUCCCUUGGACGGAUGAGACGAACCGUCUGUGCCAAAUGGAACUGUUUUGUAAUUUGGACAUGUGCACUGCUCAUGUGUUCACCUACAAUGGCGUUUCGAAAUUUGCAUUAUUUUAAAGAGUACAACAUCACAGCCUGUGUUCUUCUCUACCCAGCUAGCUUCUGGGAGCCCACAAACAACAGCUUGCUGAAUAUUGUGGGGUUUGUGAUCCCAUUCUGUGUGAUUACCUAUUGCACUGUGCAAAUCAUCAAGGCCUUACGAAGCAGUGAGCUACGAAAAAUGAAGGUAGUCCAGACAGAGAGGAGAGCCACCAUGCUGGUCUUUGCUGUGCUCCUGCUGUUCAUCAUUUGCUGGCUUCCGUUCCAGAUCAGCACAUUCAUCGACACAAUCCGUUACUUCUCACCCACCCUCAGGUGCCUGGAGGACAUCAAUGACAUUCUGACCCAGAUAGCCACAUACUGCUCCUACAGCAACAGCUGCCUGAACCCAGUCUUGUAUGUGAUUGUUGGGAAAAACUUCCAGAAGAAGGCUGCGGAAUUCUACAAGGACUUGUUCACAAAGAGGUGCAGAAAAUCACAGUCUGUGCAGAUGGAAAACUCCCUGGACACUUUAAGAACUUCCAUCUCAAGCGAAUACCCAAGGAAAAAGUCUGUUUUGUCAUUACCCCAAUAG